AUGCAGUUGCGCACCGCCCUUUUCUCCCUCGCCGGCCUUGCCGCCGCCGCUAUCGAGGACGGUACUCCCUUCAACCUCAUGGCCCUUCGUUCCGCCAGCGACAUCCACUUCGCCCCUUUCAACGCCGCGCUUAACAGCAUUCUUCUCCGCCUACCUUCGCAAAACGCCAACUGCGGAUGCGGCGUCCCCUCCAACAGCAGCGCUGCUUUCUACCUCGAGGAGGGUGGUCUCUACCUCUACACCGGCGACGACAGCACCCCGCAGCAGCUCUUCGUCGACCGUUCCGGCAUGGGUGAGUCGUCCUGGCCCCGCAACGGCGAGCGUGACGUCUUCGAGCUCGACGAGUACGAUGACCUCACCUUCAACGGCUCCGGCUUCCUCGCCUGCCCUGGCAGCAUCGACGAUGCCUGGAGCGUCUGGGUCAGCGCUGGUGUCGCCAACCCUGGUGGCCACACCGACUGCCUCGGUCUCGUUGCUCGUGCUGUCGAGAAUGACGACGCCGCCCCUGUCGGCGAUUUCAUCACCGUUUACCAACUCGUCAACCGUCUCCGCAAGUCCUUUGCCCAAGCCCCCGAGCAGUUCAAAGCCAUCGACCAAGACCUGCGCAGCCUCUCCAUUGUCCUGCAAGAUGCCGAGGUGCGGAGCGAUACUUUGUCCGAGGCACAGGCGCAGAGGCUCACCAAUCUCGUAGACGGUUGCCGAGCGCUCCUCAUCGAGCUGCAGACCGCCCUUGACAGCUGCACCGAACUCGAAGCCCCUGCCAAGGGCCACGCCCUCCGGCGUAUACGGAAGAGGUUCAAGUGGGACCCUCAGGACGCCCGGGACUUUCGCGCUCGCAUCGCCACCCAGGUGACGCUGCUUGGCGCCUUUGAGACGCUCACUGUCGUCGAGGCCGUUGGCAAGCAAAAGCACCACGCGCUUCUGGAAUGGGUCAGCCCGAUCGACUACAAUGCUCAACACGGCGACCUCCUCCGGCGGCACCAGCCCGGGUCGAGAAGGUGGCUGUUUGCGUCGCCGCAGUACAGGGACUGGAAGCAAACCGGCGGCGCGAUUCUCGUAUGCCCCGGCAUUCCUGGCGCGGGGAAAACCAUCACCAUGGCCAUGAUCACGGAAGCCCUCCAGGCGGAGACCGAAAAUGGUGCUGAUAGGCUCGUAGUUAAUGUUUACUGCUCCUAUCAGCACCGCGAUCAAGGGCUCGUUGGCGUUCUCUGCGGGCUCCUGAGGGCUGCGCUUCAGCGGACGACGAAUAUCCCAGCCGGCCUUAUGAAGCUCUACGAGGAAUACUCUUCGCAAAAUAAAGACCUAUCGCGGGACGAGGUUUUGGGAUUCAUCCGGGCCAUUCUCUCGCGCUCACCUAACACGUCCCUCAUCUGGGAGCUCUUGGAACUGCGGGCCAAGUGCGGCAUCAGUCUACUUUUAACCAUGAGGGAUAUUCCAGAAAUUCAAAAGCCCUUUCAGGACCGCGGCGCGACACGCCUCGAAAUUCGGGCAAGCGACGAGGACGUCCGGCAAUACCUAAAAGAUAAUUUGGCCCAGCUCCCGGGGUGCGUAUCGAGGGACCAGAAACUCCAAGGUGACAUCGUUGAUGCCAUCGCACAAGCCAGCUCCGGAAUGUAUAGAGAGAACAGGUUCCUACUUGCGGAGCUUCACCUGCAAGGCCUGAUUGAUAAAAAGACAAAGAAGGCCGUACGUCUAACCCUCAAAGGAUUGGCAACGGGGUCAGAGGCCUACGAGGAGGCCUACCGGACGGCGGUUGCUCGAAUCCAAUCCCAGGGUCCUGACUCCGAGGCUCUUGCCAUGCAGGCUCUGCGAAUCAUCACAUGCGCGCGCCGGCCCCUCAGCGUGGACGAACUGACUACCGCUUUGGCCAUCGACGAAGAAGACGUAUUUGAUAUGGAUAACGUCCCUGACAUCGACGACGUCGUUGGGGUCUGCUUUGGUCUAGUCACCGUGGACCUUGAAACCAACGUCGUUCGGCUCGUUCAUAAAUCCACGCAAGAAUAUUUCGACCGGCAUAAGCGAGACGUGCUUUCGAAUGCCGACGCAGUCAUGGCGCAGCUAUGUGUCCGUUACGAAGACGAUCGUCUCCAGACCAGUGGUGAAGAUGAUGAGGAAACACUCCUGAUCGAGGCCGUAAUGAAGGGAUACACGCAGGUGGUGGAGCUGCUUUUGUCGAGGGGCGCGGACCCAAACAUGGUCGGGUCCCAAGGGGCCACAGCGCUGUACCACGCCGCUAAGAUGGGCCACGCCGAGAUUGUGGCCCUGCUCAUGGACCACGGCGAUAUACAACUUGAUGCGCUUAGCCUCGACUCCCAAUGCUGGGAGCCGGAGGGGGAGGAAUUACUCGAGGCCAAUAUCGGGGCCGCGGCGAGAAAUGGUCAGUCCAAGUGCGUCUCGCUACUGGUAGAGCGGGCGAACCGAACAGUCGUUGACGAACUCGAAAGAAGUGCCCUGUGGUAUGGGGCGCUCCGUGGAUGCUACGAGUCAGUCUCUGCGCUGUGGGAGUGGCCCGACCAGAGGGUCGGGCCCGAACGCUACACUGCCCUCCACCUAGCAGCCUUCUUCGAUGAUCCUGAGAUGGCGAGGGCACUUUUGAGGCACAAGGGGUUCGACGUCAACGCCAAGGAUGUAUUCGGGCGGACGCCUUUUCACCUCUGCAUUAACCUUGGCGCGCUGAGGGUGCUCGAAAUCCUCACCCAGGACCUGGACCUGGAGUCCCUCCGCGUGACCGACAUGGGGAUGGACGCCUUUCAAAGGGUGCAAAUUAACGAAUGUGGCCUCGAGGUUCUUCAAGUUUUGCUACGGACCCCUGGGCUAGAUGUCAACUGGUCCUCCAAGGACUGCAUGCCGAUUUUAGCAGCUGUUUGCUAUUGGAAGCCGCAUCGUGUUCCUAGCAGCAGAGGAGCAGAUAGAUCGAAAGCGCGGCUACAGCAUUCCAGAAUAAAAGAACAGAUGGCAGUGCGUUCCAAGUUUGUCAAGCUGCUCCUCGAGCAGCCCGUCAUCAAUGCGAAUACACGCACCAAGUGGAGGACCCCUGUUGAGUCGGCGCUCCGAUGUUUUAUCCCGGGGAUAUUACACCUAUUUCUCGAGCGAGAAGGUCAGGCAUUGGAUCUACGAGACGCAAAGGGCAAUCACCUCCUAUUCCUCGUCAUAGAUCGGUUCGCUAAAUUGCCGGCUGUGUAUCCCAUCGAAGCCUGGACGGAGCAGGCGAACGAAGAGUUCAAAUUGCUGCUUAAUCACGUGGGGGAGGUCUGCGAGCUCGAGAAAAGCGGGAAGAGCAUCCUGCGCGUGGCGAGCUCUAAGGGGACGGGGGUGAUGCUGCGGGCCUUGAUGGAAGGGAAGUGGUGGGAGAAGCUGCUGUCGAAGAACUGGGAGGAUCGGGAGCGGAUUUACGCGCUUGCGAGAAAUAAUAAGCUCCUGGAUCAGUCAGACACGGACAUGUUGAGAUCUCUACUACAAAUAUGA